UUGCGUCACACGGACGAUCGCGCGGCCGAUCUGGUUCCCGCCAUCUGUCCUUCUUCGUAAGCGAAGUGGGAGGCCGGGCUGGGUCAGGCCGAAGCUGGGCCGGGGCGCCAGGGAGGCUGUGGGGGGGACCUCGCCGGACACAGAAGCGGUGGAGGCAGCGGCGGCGCUGAGGGGACGAGAAGGUGGAAGCCGCCGCCAUCCUCCUCCUCACCCGGUUCUCAUUUAAAACACUAAAAAAAGCUUUAUAAACUAUAUGAAAACAUGACUCCACUGAAAUUACAUGGACCCAUUCGCAUGCGCAGCCUACAAACUGGGACCACAAAAUGGAAAGAAGGGACAUUUGAAGUUGUGGAUAGUGAUAGCAAAGUGACUCUAGUGGUUCGCUACAGUGCUGGAGGGAUUCCAAAAAUAUUCCAGCUAAACCAUAAUAUUAAAAAUGUAGUGGUACGACCAAAUAGAGGGAAAUUAAGUUGCUUAAUGGUAACGCUGAAGGAUUCCAGUUUCUUGACAGUGGAUAAAAUACCAUCAAAAGAUGCAGAUGAAAUGAGGCUGUAUUUGGAGGCUGUUCAAAACAGGUUUCAUACAGCUGCAAAAUCUACUCAAGGAUCCAGCAGUUUUGGAGGUAUCUUGGGUAAUAGGACUACGCAGAAAGAUUCUAACAGGCAAUUUCAAUAUAUUGAGAACCAGACACCUACUAAAAAGACAGUGGUAGAAAAUAAAGAUGACACUCCACUUCGUAAGGUGCUUGCCAGCCCAGGAAGAGCAGCCAUUAAGAAUUCUGGGGGAACUGGAAUAUCUGGCAACAGGGUUAGCAUGGUGGUUACUCCUGCAACUUCAACACCUCACAGAAGUGGGUUGUUGGAAAAUCGUGAAAGGAGAAAAAGAGCCCAGCCUACUUCAGAAAUGAAUGAAGAUUACCCUAAAGAGAAUGAUUCGUCAAGCAAUAACAAAGCUAUGACUGAUCCCGCACGGAAAUUUUUAUGUAGUAGCAGAGAAAAGCAACUGAACUUGAAACAGGCUGAGGAGAACAGAACAUCAGGGGUUUUGCCUUUACAGACCUCCUCAUUUUAUGGUAGUAGAUCAUCCACAAAGGACUAUUCAGCUAGUAAUUCUAAUCUAGACAGGUCUAACGUGUUGAAUCAGACUCCUUCUGCCAAAAGAAGCUUGGGCUUUCUCUCUCAGCCAGCCCCUCUCUCGGUUAAAAAAAUGAGAUCAAAUCAAGAUUAUCUGGGAUGGAACAAGCCACGAGUUCCUCUUUCCACUCACCCACAACAGCAGUUGCAAGGAUUUACAAACCUGGGAAAUACCUGUUACAUGAACGCCAUUUUACAAUCUCUGUUUUCAAUUCAGUCAUUUGCUAACGAUCUUCUGAAGCAAAAUAUACCAUGGAAAAAAAUUCCAUUCAAUGCACUGAUCAGACGUUUUGCUCAUCUGCUUGCUAAGAAGGAUAUUUGUAGCCCUGAGGUGAAGAAAGAUUUACUCAAGAAGGUGAAAAAUGCAAUUUCAGCCACUGCAGAGAGAUUCUCUGGUUACAUGCAAAAUGAUGCACAUGAAUUUUUAAGUCAGUGCUUGGAUCAACUGAAGGAAGACAUGGAGAAGCUGAACAAAACUUGGAAGAGUGAGCCAGUUUCUGGUGAAGACAGCUCCGUAGGUCGAACAUCUGAUGACUUAACAGCUGCCAAAGUUUAUACUUGUCCAGUUAUUACAAACUUGGAGUUUGAAGUUCAGCAUUCUAUCAUAUGUAAAAUGUGUGGUGAAACUGUCACCAAACGGGAACAGUUUAAUGACCUUUCCAUUGACUUACCACGACGGAAAAAGCUUCUUCCAUCUCGUUCUAUCCAGGAUUCAUUGGAUCUCUUCUUCAGGGCAGAAGAGAUAGAAUACUCCUGUGAGAAGUGCAACGGGAAAUCGGCUCUUGUUACUCACAAAUUCAGUAGGUUUCCCAGGGUCUUGAUUCUUCAUCUGAAACGAUACAGCUUCAAUGUAGCGCUCUCUCUCAAUCACAAAGUUGGACAGCAAGUAAUUAUACCAAGAUUUUUAACCCUGCAGCCUCACUCUACAGAAAGUACAAGGCCCCCACUUGUUCUUGGGUGGAGUGCACACUCUGCAAUUUCUCGGCCAUUGAAAGUAUCCCAAAUGGUGAAUUCCUGCUCUGUAAGCACUUCCACAUCCUGUCGGAAGUACUCAUUCAAGUUUAAAGGCCCCAUUCUAAAUACUGUGGAUUCAGACAGCGAAGAUGAACCGUUGAAACGCUCUGUCGCAAGCCGCCAAAAACAAUGUGAUUUCCCUAUCAGGGAACAGCAACGAGAGGAGCUAGAGAAAGGUUCAAAGAAAAGCAAAACAGAGAAUGAUAAAACCUCAGAGCUGGCAAGUGCUGGAUUUGAUGGGAUGAACGAGGAUGAGCUUUUUGCUGCAGUCCUGGAAAUUAGUAAGAGGGAAGCCUCGCUGCCACAGUGCCAUGACGAAGACAAGCCAACAAACAGUCCAGAUACUGGCUUUGGAGAUGAUGAAAUGCAGGAGUUGCCAGAGAAUCUGGAACCCGUGGAUGUGGAGAAGCCCAAAACAGCUAUAGACUCAGGAUUUGCCAACUUCACUGAGAUAACUAAAGAUUUUGAUGAGAACAAGGAAAAUAAAACACCGGAAGGUACUCAGGGGGAGGUCGAUUGGCUGCAGCAAUAUGACAUGGAGCGAGAGAGAGAGGAACAGGAGCUACAGCAGGCUUUGGCUCAGAGCCUCCAAGAACAACAGGAGGCGCGAGAACAGAAAGAAGAUGAUGACCUUAAGCGAGCCACUGAAUUAAGUCUACAAGAGUUUAACAGCUCUCUUCUGGACAGCAUUGGCUCCGAUGAGGACUCUGGGAAUGAGGAUGUCUUAGAUAUGGAGUACUCAGAAGCGGAGGCUGAAGAACUGAAGAGAAACGCUGAGACAGGAGAGCUUCCUAAUUCCUAUCGCCUUAUUAGUAUUGUCAGCCAUAUUGGAGAUUCAUCCUCCUCAGGUCACUAUAUUAGUGAUGUAUACGACAUCCGCAAACAGGUAUGGUUCACAUACAAUGAUCUGGAAGUAUCCAGAACUCAAGAGGCCUCUGUGCAGAGUGACAGGGACCGAAGUGGCUACAUCUUCUUUUAUAUGCACAAGGAGAUAUUUGAUGAAUUACUGGAAACAGAAAAGAAUAUGCAACUGCCUUGCACAGAGUUGGGAAAAUCAGUUCGGCAGCCCCUGUGAAGACUGUCUCCUCUUUCCUGAGCACAAUAGGAUUCUGAACUUGCAGGAGCCACAAACCCCAAAAACUCAGGGUACCACUGAGACAAACACCUUGGAAUAGGAGGAAUGGACUGUUCUGUACCUGUCUUUGAACUUCAUCUGUGCCGUUUAAGCUGCUGUUACUUGGCUUCCUGCUGGGAGGCUUCUUUCACUUCACUUUUAAAGUAACUUUGCCAGCAGUUGAGUUAAUCAGACGAAGCAGCUCCUUCAGAAACUCAUAAAGGAAUAGUGUGAGAAGACCCUACAGAUUCAUAUAUUCUCCUAUCACUGGGGAACGGAGAAUAUCCCACGUAGUGGGGCUUUCUUCCCCUUUACCACAAAAGAGCAGAAAUAGCCUGCAAUCAAUCUGGCAAGCUCAUUGGAAAGCUCAGAUGAUUAACUUCAGUGUCCAUCUCCCUUCUUACACGGGAUAACCAGGCACUGCCAAAACAGGGAUUCCUAAAUACAGCAUUGCAUAGACCCAGAAAGCAAACGGUUGGUGCUCAGGAACAUGUUGCAUAUGUCAUCUUUACCCAGGUCAUUGUUGAAAAUUAUAUAUAUAUAUAUAUAUAUAUUUUAACUUGAAAAGUUUUUAUUCAUUAUGACUGCAUUCUUGGCUAAGUACUGCCAUUUGCAGGACAACUUUAUUUCUCUGAAUUUGUGUGGGUGUACUUGUAUACAGUUGCUGGGUUUCACUGAAGACUGUUCCGGUUGAACCGAGAUGGAGGCAGCUAACAAUGGGAAGUGCAAGCUGUAGCCUUUGGAAGUCCUUUUCAGGCUGUGUACAGCUGGUGCUAAUCAGCAAAUGGCAUAUGAACAACUGUUCUGCUACGUUCCCUGUGUUUAUGGAGCCUUGAGC